CACGUGGGCAAAGCCGUGGUUUGCCGAUGGCCCAGGACAGAAUCUGCCACUGAGUUGGCUAUAGCAUUCUUCAGUUACUGCUUGCUCUCUUCUCUGCCGGUGGGGAAAAGUUUCACUGAUGGAGCGCAAUGGCUUUCUCUCGACAGCGUGACGCUGAACAGCGAACAUGGUGACAUCCUGGUGGACUACUCCAAGAACCUGAUUACAGAAGAAGUGAUGAAGCUGUUGAUCGAAGUGGCUAAAUCCAGGGGCGUUGAAAAAGCUAGAGAGCAGAUGUUCACGGGUGAAAAGAUCAACUUUACUGAGAACCGAGCGGUGCUCCAUAUUGCUCUGAGGAAUCGCUCCAAUAGUCCCAUAAAAGUUGAUGGCAAAGAUGUCGUCCCGGAGGUGAACAAGGUGUUGGACAAGAUGAAGAAUUUCUGCCAGAAAGUCCGCAGCGGCGACUGGAAAGGCUACACGGGAAAAGCCAUUACGGAUGUGGUGAACGUGGGGAUUGGUGGCUCCGACUUGGGCCCGCUUAUGGUGACUGAAGCACUGAAGCCAUACUCCAAGGGAGGGCCUCGGGUUUGGUUCGUUUCCAACAUCGACGGCACCCAUAUUGCUAAAACUCUGGCCGAACUGAAUCCCGAGACAACCCUCUUCAUCAUUGCCUCUAAGACUUUUACUACCCAGGAAACAAUCACCAACGCUGAAACAGCCAAGGAAUGGUUCCUUAAUGCGGCUAAAGAUCCUUCUGCUGUGGCCAAGCACUUUGCUGCUCUUUCUACCAAUGGGCCUAAAGUGAAAGACUUUGGAAUUGACACUCAGAACAUGUUUGAGUUUUGGGACUGGGUCGGCGGCCGUUACUCCUUGUGGUCGGCCAUUGGCCUCUCCAUCGCCCUCCAUAUCGGUUUUGAUAACUUUGAGAAGCUUCUGGCUGGGGCACACUGGAUGGACAAUCACUUCCGCACCGCUCCCUUGGAGAAGAACGUGCCUGUUCUGCUGGCCAUGCUGGGCGUCUGGUAUAUCAACUGCUACGGGACAGAGACCCAAGCGCUCCUGCCCUACGACCAGUACAUGCAUCGCUUUGCUGCUUACUUCCAGCAGGGAGACAUGGAAUCCAAUGGAAAGUACGUCACCAAGAAAGGCACUCGCGUGGACUACAAGACAGGCCCCAUCGUCUGGGGCGAGCCAGGAACCAACGGGCAGCAUGCCUUCUAUCAGCUGAUCCAUCAAGGGACUCGCAUGAUCCCUUGUGACUUCCUUAUUCCAGUCCAGACCCAGCAUCCCAUCAGAAAUGGCCUGCAUCACAAGAUCCUGCUGGCCAACUUCCUGGCUCAGACGGAGGCUUUGAUGAAAGGGAAAACCUCCGACGAGGCACGCAAAGAGCUGCAGGCGGCUGGGAUGAGCGGAGAGGCUCUGGAGAAGCUCCUUCCUCACAAGGUCUUUGAAGGGAACCGCCCGACCAACUCCAUCGUGUUUACUAAACUUAACCCAUUCAUUCUAGGAGCCUUAAUUGCCAUGUACGAACACAAGAUCUUUGUCCAAGGAGUCGUGUGGGAUAUUAACAGCUAUGAUCAGUGGGGCGUGGAGCUUGGCAAGCAGCUGGCGAAGAAGAUCGAGCCGGAGCUGGCGUCCGACGACCCCGUGACCUCGCACGACUCCUCCACCAACGGGUUGAUCAACUUCAUCAAGAAGCACCGGGCCUGAUCCGGGCGCCACCGGAGGACGCAAUCCAGCCACCGAACACCGAGAUCGAUGUUGUAGUUGCUGCUUUUAGCCAAAUUCUGCCAAAAUAGCACUUUUUUCACUGGUUUUGGCCUCUUUGUUGUUGACGGUUAGCUUUGUUGCAUCUCAAGCAGUGUCACAGAUGAAGUUUUUUUAUCUUGUGAGACUCGAAAAUGUUGUCGUUUAGUGGCUGUUUGUGGCAGCUGAAUUGUUAAGAUGUUGGGUACUGUGUCCCUCACUUCGCUACUCCUUGUGUAACACCCGAUGAAAGCUGGACUGUGGGUAGUUUAAAACCCUAUUUUCCACACUCAGUUUCUUGUGAAUCCAGUGCAACGUUGAGAACCCCCGGCCUUACUUGUACAAGAUUAUACCAGAAUUAACACAUCCAAAAAGCG